UUUUUGGACCAUUCUCUGCAAACCCUAGAGACACCCUGGUUGUGUGUGAAAAUCCCAGUAGAUCAGCAGUUUCUGAAAUACUCAGAAGUCUAUUAUUAGUGUAUAUAAAGAUAUAAAGAAGCCUCCCCCUCUGCUGUGUUUCAGACGUGCUGACUGUGCUGCUGGAGCUGCUGUGUAUGAUGCAGAGCGGACACACUGACUACACACUGCUUUACCACAGUACGACACACACACAGAGUGGACACUGACUAUACAUUGCUAUACUACAAUAUGACACACACACAGAGCAGACACACUGCUGUACAACAGUAUGAUACACGCACACAAACACACACACAGUCAGAGUGGACACACUGACUACACACAGAUGCUAUUAUGUUGUGUUCAUCAGGUGUGUGUGUGUGUGUGUGUGUGUUUGUGUAGUCAGUAAUCUGGUAGCAAAGCUGAACUCCACCAACCCUGAGCUGCUUCUGUCUGUCUUCAACUUUUUGUACUGCUUCCUGUGUGUGUGUCCGUCACACGCCACUGACCGAGGUAACACACACAGAUCACACAUACACACCACAACACACUCCACUCUGUGUGCUUGCUUAUGGGAUUUAUGAGGACACAUUUGUAAAUUGUCUUGAGCAUGGCAGGUGUAAUGUUGAGGUGGUUUAAAGGGACAUGCUUUGUGUCCCCAUAAUUCAAACUGUUUGAAAUCAUGCUCAUCAGGGUCUUUCAACGUUCAGUGUUGUGCACAUGUGUCUUUGUUAGGGUGGGGUUAGGGGUGGGGGAGAGCCGUAUAAUAAGCAGAUUUACUGUAUAAAUAAACUACAUUACACAUGUGGAGAGUCCUCAUAAACCACUAAUACCAAUGCUUGUGUGUGUCAGCGGUGUGUCUGCUGCUGGGUAAUGUCAGACUGAUGGAGCUGCUGGAGGAGCUGUUAUCUUCAUCAUCAUCUUCAUCACUGAGCUGCUCCUCACUGCUCCUGCUCUCCUCCCUCAUGCUGCUGCAGCACAAACACUCCGCUCAGGUGCAGAGGAGCGUCAGGGUGGAUCUUCAUCAGAUUCUGAGACGACUGACCUUCAAUAAGAAGCAGACGGACACACUGAUGCUCAUGUGCAGUGUGCGCUUUGUGCAGGUGUGUUUGGAUGUGGACGAGUCUACGCUGGUGUGUGUGUGCGAUGUAGUGCUACAGAGACCCCUGCCGCCAGCUGAUGGCGCUCUGCACCCGCUCGGACACAGCGGCGCUAACAGCCUCAUCACGGCUCUCGGCACGCUUAUGCUAACGAAGCAGGAUCUGAUGGCCAGCGCUGCUGUAAACUGUCUAAAGUCUCUGAUGGACUUCCUGCACAGAAGGAACCCUGACAGCGUUGAGCAGAUGGUGUGUCGUCAGCCAUGGACUCGGUUCCUGCUCUUCUCUUUGCUGUCCAGUGAUGAAAAACUGAGGCCUGCUGUACUGCAGCUGCUCACACUGCUGGUGUGUUUCAGCUGUGGCGUCUCUCAGUGGUGGACUGAGGUUGAGAGUGUGUGUGAAGAGGUGGAGAAACGAGGAGUAACAAACCUGACUGAUGACAGAAAACACACACUGAGACUGAUGCUCACACAGUGUUGUGCUCGUUCUCCUCCUGAUGAUCUGAGGAUAAAGAUGGAGACUUUAGUGGAGUCACUCACACAACUUCCUCCCAGCGAGACCUCCAGCAGACGCUUGCUGUAUCCUUACACACACACACACACACACACACACACACACACACACACACACACACACACAGAAACUCACAUAUGCACACAGACACACAUUCACACACAACACUAUCUUACACAUAGACACUCUCCUGUGCACACACACACAACACACUCUUAGGGGGGUUACACACCGGAAGCGCUGCCCUCUUCGCGCCACCCAGUGCUAUGCAUUUCAGAAUUCUAAACAUAGGUUUCUAUCAGGGGACACACACCGGUGCUGCAAAUCGGCGGCUGUCCGCGGCGCCCAGCCACGUCUCAGGACACUGUUCAUAUUUCUGCCGCGCCACAGAGCGCCAUCUGAAUAGUUUAAUUUUAAAUAGAUACUUUCAAUGCGAUACUUUCAACUGUCAUGUGCGAGCUGUAUCGCAGCACCGAGCGGCGCAUCUGGUGUGUGACGCCCUUAAGUCACGCUCUUACACAGAUGAGCACACACUCAAACACACACAUACAUGUGCUCACACACACAAACUCCUACCCACAUAGUCAUACUCUUAGACUCAUACAUUCUCACAAACACACAUUCUCACACUCAAACAAACACACUACACACUCAUGCACAGACACAUCUCCAUGUCUGAGCAGUGUCCUUAACUCACUGUGUGGCAGUCGUGUGGGUCGUGUCUCCAUCUGUCUUUCUGACUUCACAAUCUCACACUAAUACACCCACACACCCACACACACACACAC